GAGAACUUUAGUUUUGUCUCGCAAGUGCGUUUGAAGUGUAUACACAUAUUUCUCGCUGCUCCGUUUACAAGUCCUUCUUGCUUCUCGUCCCACCAUGAGCUUCAGUGCCUCGCCUGCCUUAAUGACCGUCUUUGGUCUUUAUCAAGAAGACGCGAGCGAUGAAUCCAUCGUCGAAGCCGACCGCAUUGCACACAUGGUGCCCUUACUGGAAGGACCUCACGGCGAGGAAGCCGAGGAUGCGAUAGAAAACACUUCUGUUCUCGACGUCGUGAAUAGCCUGCGCCAGGGCGGUGACAAUCCGGAGUCGGUAGAGGUACGCACCAUCCGGUGGCGUGGUCAGACGGAGGCUUCUAUUCGUUCGCAACUGCAGCCAAUUGUGCUCCACUAUCGCCUGCAGAUUCUCCUCGUGCAAGAGCGCACACAGCGCCGUGCUUUAAUGAUGCGGGAGACAAACGAGCGCGUGCCGUUGGUGACGGCGUACUACAAGGAGACACCCGUGAAGUGGCGCUUGCUGGGUUACAUGGACCACACCACUUCCGCCAGUGCGAUGCUGAUGGCCGCGGACUCGGAGAGUGUGUACCGCACCCCCGCCAGCACCAUCGCCUCCGUCUCGGAGGUGAAGCGGGAGCAGCAAUUUCGUGAGUCGUUUAUGCGGAUGGAGGAGACGGCGUUGCGGCACGGCGGUGGCAGCUCGGCGGCGACGCCGAUGCGGUUGUGCGAUGACGGACGCCGCAGCCCGAGCGCGCGCAACAGCGGGUACAUGCCCGCCGCUUCUCGUCUGCCGCUUCGCCCGAAAGGAGCACCACCGGCCGCGGAUGAAGAGUACGAAGUCGACGCGGCGAAAGCGAAUGUGGAAGUUCUGGAUUCCACCGUGGCAUUCGUUGACCGUCCGAAGCGCCAGUGA